AAAUAUAAAAACUAUAUUGGGAGAAAUUCAGCUAUUUGCGAAUCAAGAAAACCGUUAGGAGCAGCACUGUAUUGCUUAGUCAAGAUAGAGUUGUGGAGUAGUAGUAAUCAAAAAGUGUGCGUAGGACGGUAUUCAGUUGUUUCACGUCAGUCGUAGAGAAGGAUUACGAGUAUAUGGUAUUCUUCGAUUUGUAUUAAUAAAACAGUAGUGAAUUUUGUAUAUUGUUUAGAAAACAAAGGUAAACAAUGGACAGCACAUGGCAAAAUGCUAAAGAAGUAGAGAUUCCAAAUGAGGCUCUUAAACAAACAUUGGAAAAUGAGCAAUCAUUACAAGAUAGAAUGUAUGGGUUUGCAAAACGAUCGCCUUUCCUUAUAGCAGGUAUGUUAGGUUUUGCCAUUGUAGGUGGAAUAGGUGCCUAUAAAUGGAAAACGAGAAAAAUAAUACCUUCAUUGUUUCUUGUACAACUCAGAGUUGCAGCCCAAGGUACAGUAAUAGGAUGUUUAACAAUGGGAAUGAUUUAUCAAAUGUAUUUACAACAUUCAAAACCAAAACCUGAUGAUAAAUGAUGAUAUUCAUCAGUAUUUUAGUAUUUAAUUAUAUUACUUUGUAACAAAAUAAAUAGAAAGUAGGAAAAUUCUAAUUUAAAAA